CGCCGGAAGUCGGGGUGCGCCGUAUCCCGGAGGCCCGCUUGACUGCAAGUGGCUGUUCGCUGAGGGACACGGGCAGCUAUGGUUUCUGACGAAGAUGAAUUGAAUCUUCUGGUUAUCAUAGUUGAUACCAACCCAAUUUGGUGGGGAAAGCAAGCAUUAAAGGAAUCUCAGUUUACUUUAUCGAAAUGCAUAGAUGCGGUGAUGGUGCUAGGAAAUUCUCAUUUAUUCAUGAAUCGUUCCAACAAACUUGCUGUGAUAGCAAGUCACGUUCAAGAAAGUCGAUUCUUAUAUCCUGGAAAGAAUGGUAGACUCGGAGACUUCUUUGGAGACCCUGGCAACCCUUCUUCUGAAUUUACUCCCUCAGGAAGUAAAGAUGGAAAAUACGAGUUGUUAACAGCAGCAAAUGAAGUUAUUGUUGAAGAGAUCAAAGAUCUAAUGACCAAGAGUGACAUAGAGGGUCAACAUACAGAAACUCUGCUGGCAGGAUCCCUGGCCAAAGCUCUGUGCUACAUUCAUAGAAUGAACAAGGAUGUUAAAGAUAAUCAGGAAAUGAAAUCAAGGAUAUUGGUUAUUAAGGCUGCAGAAGACAGCACGUUACAGUAUAUGAACUUCAUGAAUGUCAUCUUUGCAGCACAGAAGCAGAAUAUUUUGAUUGAUGCCUGUGUGUUAGACUCCGAUUCAGGACUCCUCCAACAGGCCUGUGACAUCACAGGGGGACUGUACUUGAAGGUGCCUCAGAUGCCCUCCCUUCUGCAGUAUUUACUGUGGGUUUUUCUUCCUGAUCAAGAUCAGAGGUCUCAGUUAACCCUCCCACCCCCGGUUCAUGUCGACUACCGGGCUGCUUGCUUCUGCCAUCGAAACCUCAUUGAAAUCGGCUACGUGUGUUCUGUGUGCUUGUCAAUAUUCUGCAACUUCAGCCCUAUCUGCACUACAUGCGAGACAGCCUUUAAGAUUUCUCUCCCUCCGGUACUGAAGGCCAAGAAAAAGAAACUGAAAAUGUCUGCAUGACAGUAAAAAUUGUUUCCCCAUCACUUAGAGCUAUUAAUAGAAAUUAUAUGGCAGAACCUUUGUUAGGAAGGCUCUGAAAAAAAUAGAGAUAUGUGUAAGAUAAAUUUUAAUGAACUUUCUUACAGGAAAUAUACUAAAACAUCAUCCUCAUCCUAUGCUUCUUGGGGGCUGAUUUAUUUGAGGGAGUCAUUCUAUGCAAUAUACCCUAAAUUUUUUUCUGACUGGUUUUUGUCCAGAAAUGGAGGAAGAAAGCACAAAUUUGUGAUUUUUUUUUUAAAUGAGGUGAUCAUUUGUCAAAGCCAGUCUGUCCUGACUAAUUAUAAGCGUCAGAACCUACCAAGUCUAGGUUCUUACUGUGAAAUGUAUGACGUGAAAUUUGACCACAGUUUUGGAAAAAGUGACUAUUUAUGGAGUAAUGGCAUUAAGAUAGAACAUGUUACUUGAGUCAACACUUCAACAGUAGUCACACAAAUAAAAUGCUUGUUUUCUAGAUUGAGAUUUAGCUCCAGAUAUUAGCAGAUAGUAGUCUUUUGUCUGACAUUAGUACAUGUUUGGUCAGAGUUAUCCAAAUGAUAGUUUGUCACUGAGUAUCUCUAAAAUCUGAUUUCAGAUGAGUAAGGAGAGUGAGUGCAGUAGUCUGGUGGGAACUUCUUCUUUAAGAACAGUUGUGUGAAGAGCUUAUUCGUGAAAGCCAGGGUCUGGAUUCUGAGGGGGAAUUUCUUGGGGAGAAUGGAUUCUGUACAGAGAAGUGCUGCCCCACAUAGAAUUCAUCCCUUUGUUAAUGAGGAGGGGGAAAGCAUUAAUACUGGAGAACUGUUCUCUAGAAGCUUUGGACUUAAUACUGAAAAAUUGUGUAAGUUCAAAAGAAAAAUUAUUUGCAACAAUAAAAAACUUAUUUUUCUAUGUAACCUUGAAGUUAUUAAAAGUCCUUUUAAAUUCCAGCAGAGUGUAGGAAGCGUUCUUAGGAAGGGUGGCCAAUUUAAUUU